AUGUUGCCGGAUAUUGCUGUACAAUUAACAAGAAGUGUUUUGAUUUUAUUGAUGGUUUUCGGAACAAUAGGUAAUAUUCUUGAUUUAUUUAUCUUUACUCGUCCAAAACUUUUACAUUCAUCAUGUACAUUAUAUUUUAUUGCUGCUUCAAUUGACAAUAUUCUAGCAAUUUAUUUAUCAGUGCUCCAUAGACUUCUUAUUGAUGGAUUCUCUAUUGAUAUUGGAUCUUUAUCACCAAUUGUUUGUAAAUUAAGAUCUUAUUUUGGUUAUAUGGCUUUAUCUUUAUCACCUUUUCUUUUUAUAUUAGCUUGUUUUGAUCGAUAUUGUUCGAGUUCAUCAUCAAUAAUACAUCAUCCUUGGAAUAAUAAAAAAAUAGCAAAACGUUGUAUUUAUGGAGCAAUUACUCUAGCUGCUAUUCUUUACUUGCAUAUGCCGGUAUUUUUUGAAAUUCAAUCAAAUGAAUCAAAUGUAAUAUGUUAUCCUCAACAGGGAAUUUAUGAUUCAUUUUGGAGAAUAUUUUAUUUAGUUAUCUAUUGUUUCUCUCCAUCUAUUUGUAUGAGUUUAUUAUGUUUACUUACAGCAAUUAAUAUUCAUCGUCAAUUACGUCAAAUUAGGCCAGCAUUAGCAAUAUCGGGUAAUCUUAAUCGGCGUCUUAAUCAUAAUUUAAUUCGAAUAUUAUUUUCACAUCUUAUAACACAAAUUUUAUGUAUAUUACCAUUUGCUAUUAUUAAUCUUCUUGGUAUGUUUGUUAAUAGAAAUACAUUGACAUAUAGUUUCUUUUUAAGAAUUUUGACACUCCCACUAUUUGCUAGUUAUGCAACAAAUUUUUAUGUCAAUACAAUGUCAUCUCGAAUAUAUCGACGAGAAUUUAUAAAAUUAUUUUCAUUGUGGAAAUGGAAAAUGUUUGGAGAUGUCUGA